AGUCGGGUUGUGUCAUGUCAUCUUUCGCGAGACUUGCAAUCUGUUUGCGUUAUCGGGUGUUUUUCUCAGUCAAAAUUGCAGUUUUAAGUGCGUGCACGGACAGAGAGUGAGCUAUUCCAGAUGCAGAAUCCUUAGCUGUGUUCUCCUCUCUCAAGUCCCACCCGUUUUACUGUCUCAGAUCACUGAAAUCAAUCAGUGUGACCAGCAAAAGGAACAUCUCAUCGUGCCAAUAAACAACAAAAUCUCAACAAACCUGAGAGGAGAAGAAAAGACGGAAGAAGAAAGAAGCCAGAGAAAGUUUUGCAAGGAGAAUAAAUUUUGCGAAAGGAAAUCUUGUGCCAAAAAUCACACUCAAUUUUAGGACUUUAGGGGAAGAAUUGAAUUUGGGCGGGCGAACGCGAUGCAAAAUCCUAUCAAUUAGAUGAUAAGCACGAACAGUCAAGUAGAUAGAUAAAUUUUCUCGUGGGACGAUUGGGGGGAAGUUCGCAGCAUCCGCGAUAAGUAUGAUCAUUGGAGGGCGCGAGGAGAGAUCAAAUACUGAGUGAAAUGGGGAAUUGCUGGACAUGUUUCAAGACAUCCACGGAAAACUCUGCCGGUGAUUGUGCCACAAACGCUCCUGAGAGAACUGCAAAUGACAAUCGAGACGCAUCUGAGCGCGGAGAAACCGAUGAGCUGUUGACCAGCAACAGUCCUGUUCACAUGACAAGCUUGCAUCUGAGCUCAGGAUUUCUCACACGGCCUGUCGCCCUUCUGAACGGGAACGCCAACACGAUGGGAGACAUCAUUGGGACAAUUAAAGACUCCCAGCAAGUAUCGGACCACACGCUGCUCACUCUUUAUCAGCGCUACAAAGAUCCCCAGGAGGACGCGAUCCUGUCCGAGGGCAUCGAGCGCCUCUGCAGCGACUUGCGCUACAAACCAGACGACUUUGCAAUCUUGGUGCUGGCCUGGCGCCUGGACGCGUCACAGAUGUGUCGCUUCACGCGCCAGGAGUUCGUCCAGGGACUGCGGAAUCUCAAUGCGGACUCCGUGGACAGCGUGCGCCUUCGCCUCGAGCAGGCGGUGGAGAAGCUCAAGGAGGACUCUGAGCUCUUCAAGCAAUUGUACAGAUUCACAUUUGGGUUUGGACUCGAGCCGGGACAUCGAACACUCUCUCUAGACAUGGCAAUCAUCCUGUGGCGCCUGGUCUUCACCGUGCACACGCCGAAGCUGCUCGAUCGGUGGCUUUACUUCCUGGCGCAGCACGCGCAGAUCCGCGGCGUGCCGAAGGACACGUGGAAUAUGUUUCUCAACUUUGCCGAGACUUGUGAUAUCACGUCGUACAAUGACGAGGAAGCGUGGCCGAGCCUCUUUGACGACUUUGUGGAGUACGAGAACGAUCGAGCGAAUCAAAAUGUGCCCGAGAAGCCGGACGAGGACGACACGCGGCCGCCGACGCUCCGCACGGACGGCAGUUUAUAGUAUUGCGACAGGAGCAGGCUUGGGAUGGCGGAACAGGGGAUCGGGGGGUGAGGUAUUGUAGUGUUUAGGCGGGAAAUUGGGGGGAGGAAAUGGGAUUAUUUUUCUCAAAAAAAAACAUACAGAAUUGAUGAGAGCAUGCAAUGUUUGCUGUCAUUUAUCGUGUGGACAGCAGAGAUGGAAUUAUUUUAAUAUAUCUUCCAGCACGCAUUGAGGGAGAGAGAAUCGAUGGAAUAUCAGUAGAAUUUUAGCUUAAUUUAUAAAUUAAUGUCACUAUUCAUAUUUUAUUUGUUUAUUUAUGCCUGUUUUUUUACCGAUAUAAAUUUACUUAAAAGCAUGUGCAUUCAAGUGUAAAAGUCUCUUGCGCAUUUUUCAGUCUUCAACACACACAAAAACUUCUUUUCGUGUCCAUGAAUUUGGGGGUGGGAGGGAUUGGGAGGAAAAUGCAAUUAAUCAGAGAGUUCGGAAAAUAAUUUUUAGAGGUUUUCUCAAUGCAAUUUGGCGCCAGAAAUCUCAGGAAGAUCUAUGGAAAAUUCGUACUUCUGAGAUGCACUGCCAUAGUUUUUUUUUGUCUUUUAUAUAUUGCAAAUCAUUUGUAAUUUCCUUUACUCAAUUAAUCCAUAUCCAUAGUGUAUAUUUUGAAUGUGAGAAAAUGAUGAAAAAAUGCGUACAAAUAAA